AUGUCGUCGUUCAUGCGUCGGCUGUCGCAUCCCUUCGCGAACUGGGACACACAACGGGAGAACCUCCGAUGGGGCUCCGACGAGCUCCAUCCGAAGGUGAAAGACGAAGUCUUCCAGUGGAAAGUGGGAAGCCGCGACUUCGAAUGCCUCGACGCAGAAUCGCUCAUUCGCGCCGAUAUCGUCGCCAACCACACUCGCGCCAAGACGGUCCUCAAAGCCGCGCACAAGAUCGGGACCAUCGAUGCGGAGACGGGCCAUCCGGUGACGACCAAGAUCGAUCGCAGCAUGCUGAGUGAGAUGCCCAUCCUGAGUAUCGUGAAGCAGCGAGAUCUGAUCAAGCUGCUGUUUUUCUGGGAGGAAGAAUGUACGCGAUGGAGAUUGCUGGGAGAGGAGGAGAAAGAGCUUGGAGAGAAGCUGAGAGAGGAAGGAUUGAGUCGGGAAGUUGAGGCGGAAUUGAAGACGAUGUUGAUGUUUGUGAGGGAGAGGAAGAGGGUGUUGCCGAGUGUGAGGGAUGAGAGUGGACACGUGAGGAGGCAGGAGGAUGAGCAGUUGCCGACUUAUGAUGAGGCGAGGAGGCAGCGAUAG